AUGGGCAACCUCCCCCAACCUGAUGUGGUGGACUACAACUCCAGCCUGCCCGACCUGGCACCUUCCAGAGUGGUGGAUUGUAGCUAUCUCCACACAAAUUUGCAGAUGCUUUCCAAGUUUGGGGAUGCCUAUCAUAUUACAGGGAUUCUAAAACUACCGUAUGCCGAAAUAGAAGAGCCCUUUGAAGCCUGGUUCAAUGAGACUGGAGGGAAAAGUCGUAUCCAGUAUUAUCACGGCCAGGUGAUCACUUACCAGUUCAGCUCCAUAAAGCCUUUUGGGGCCAGCUUCAAGGUCACUCCAGAAACCACAGAAAUGAAGGUCAACUUUAAGCAGUGCUUCCGGAUCAAUGGAACCGCUGAGAAUCCCAUUAAGCCUCAAAGUGUCUUUCCUAACUUCACUGACUUCCGGCCUGUACGGGCCGAAUACUACAACGGACGGCACUGCACAGUCCUGGAGAGCGUAUCUUAUUGGGGCAAGAAGAGGAACACCUACAGGCUGUGGAUAGCAGAUGCUUCCACCAAACUUACCCCAGUGCACUAUGAGAUGACAGGCUUCAACAACCUCCUGGGCUCCCACUACGACAAGUAUGAGAUCGACUACACCAGCUUUUCUCGCAGUUUCCCGUCCGACGUCUUUGACCUCCCUCAUGAUGUAAAGUGUACACAUUGGCCCAGUGUAGGACCAGAGCACAGGAUCUUGGCCAACCCCAUGCAGGAAUUUGUUGGAGGAGCUGGCGAAGUUAGCAGGAACCACGAACAUUUGUUCCAUCACUACAAGGAGAAGUUUGGAAAGAGCUACAAGACUGAGGAGGAUAUGGAGCAUAGGAAAAGCCACUUCAUCCACAACGUGAGAUACGUCCACUCCAAGAACCGGGCCAACCUCUCCUACAAGCUGGCUGUGAAUCACCUGGCUGAUCAUACUCCAGAAGAGAUGGCAGUGCUGCGGGGGAGGCUAAAGACUGGGGAACCCAACAACGGGUUGUCCUUCCCAUCACGUAGUUAUAAUGACCUUGUCCUGCCGGAGAGCCUGGACUGGAGGCUUUAUGGUGCUGUGACCCCAGUCAAAGACCAGGCUGUGUGUGGUUCCUGCUGGAGCUUUGCUACGACUGGAACACUGGAAGGCGCGCUCUUCCUUAAGACUGGAGUGCUCACCCCGCUGUCCCAGCAAGUCUUAAUCGAUUGCUCCUGGGGCUUUGGAAACCAUGCUUGCGAUGGUGGACAGGAAUGGUUUGCAUAUGAGUGGAUUAUGAAGCAUGGUGGAAUUGCCAGUGCGGAAUCCUAUGGACCCUACAUGGGUCAGAAUGGCUACUGUCACUGCAACCAAUCUGAGCCGAUGGCAACGGUCGCUGGCUAUGUCAACGUGGCCUCCGAAAACGUCACUUCCCUGAAAGCUGCUCUCUUCAAGCACGGCCCUGUGGCUGUGAGCAUCGACGCUUCCCACAAGUCUUUUGCCUUCUACUCCGAUGGCAUUUACUAUGAACCGAACUGUGGAAACAGGAGCAUGGAGUUAGACCAUGCAGUCCUAGCUGUGGGAUACGGAGACCUCCAAGGGGAAAGCUACUGGCUCAUCAAGAAUUCGUGGUCCACGUAUUGGGGCAAUGAUGGCUACAUCCUCAUGUCCAUGAAGGAGAACAACUGUGGGGUGACUACAGCUGCCACCUACCCAGUCCUGGCCUAA